UUUUGCGUGAUGUUGCGCUGAAAGUCGGCGGAGUACUGAGAACAGAUAAAACGGUGUUAUUCUCUUUAUUCCUGCUAAGAAUCCGUUCUUUUUUUUACGUCCACGUGCGUGGGAGUGCAUUGAUGCGGUCAUUUUAUGAUGAACUCCCGUUGCACACCAACCACAACCAUGGAACGUGAGAAAGUGAGAUGUUUUCUAAUAAAGACGUUCAUUAUUAACGUUUAAAUGUAGAGCAAACACGAGUGGGCGUUGAAUGUUCAGUUUUAUGAAAAUGUUGACAUUGCAAAUUAAUUUAAGCUUUGUUUUUGCUCACAGAGUGAGAAAUUUAAAAUGAUUGUCAUUUUAAAGUGAAAAUUAAGUAUUAAAAUAUAUAAUUUACUUUCUUUUUAUUUUUAAUCUUUCUACGCAUGCAAAAUAAACAGAAAAGAAAAAAAGCGGUGUUUGUUAAUGAUUUGCAUCCGUUAUUUCCCAGCUUUGAAUGAUCUGCACAAAUUCUGUAAAUCCCAAGUGAAUUAACCAUUUGUGAGAUUCAGAUCAGCUCACUUGUUAAUCUAAACUAAAAAAAAAUAUAUAAACGUUGCGAACAAUAUGCGCCAGAUUAAAAAGGGAGCGCAACAUUGCUUAGGGUCGAGUAUAUAUCGUGAUGAUGAGCUCAAUUUACCAACUCAUAUAAAAUGUUAAUACACGUGUGUGUGUGAUCAUGAUGAUAGCAAUAGUGGGGGUAGUGCAGGCGGAUGAACGGCAUGUUUCGAACUUUGCGGCAUUCGAAGCUUCGUGUGCUUCGAUUCGAGGUCGAGGGAAGUUUCUUCAGUUGAGUGUUGUGUGCGUAAAAAUCUCAAAAUUUUGUGUUGUGCGGAUUAAAAUGGCCGAUGAAAGCAUUAAUAUACCACUUGAGAGCCAAAAUUUAGACUAUCACAUUGUGACUUUGUUAGAAAAAAUCGAAAAUUUACGAAUUGAAAGUUACAACGUGCGCGAACGAAGAUUACCGUGUCAAGUUGAGAUUCGCACGAUUGAAUUUUGGAAAUCGGUGAUUUGCGAGUGUUUGGCAUCGUUUAUAUAUGUUUUUAUCGUUUGUGGGGCGGCUGCUGGUGCAGGGGCGGGUGCAUCAUUGUCUUCUGUUAUGUUAGCCACCGCACUUUCGGCGGGAUUCACUAUGGCAACUUUAAAUCAGUGUUUUGGACACAUUUCUGGCGCACAUGUAAAUCCUGCUGUAUCAAUUGCAAUGGGCAUUACAAAGAAUAUAACAAUGUUGAGGACCGGCAUGUUUGUAAUUGCACAAUGCGGGGGCGGCAUUGCCGGCGCAGCGUUUCUCUACGGAGUGACUGUACCUGGAUAUCAAGGCAACUUGGCUGCGGCAGUGUCGCAUACAUCAAGUUUGCCAGCUUGGGAGCGUUUUGGGGUUGAAUUCAUCCUUACCUUCGUUGUCGUUCUCACUUACUUCGUUUCAAUGGAGCGUACCAAAAGAUGGUCAUCAAAUGCGGCGUUAAACAUUGGGGCAGCUUACGCUGCGUGCACAUUCGUCUCGAUGCCAUAUUUGAACCCAGCAAGAUCUCUGGGACCUUCUUUCGUGUUAAAUCGAUGGGACAACCAUUGGGUGUACUGGAUGGGACCAUCAAUCGGCGCCAUUGUUUCCGGUCUAGUCUAUGGUCACAUCAUUAAUCCCACUAAGCAUAAGUUUAAAAAGGAGGCUUCUGAUGAAGAUAGCAGUAGUAUUCACUCGGAUGAAGAUACCUAUGAUGAUUUAGACAAACCUACUCCACCGAAAUUCCAUGGUUCAACUUAUAUCACCUACAGACCUACAAAUCAAAAUGGUGGAUCUGGAAAUUAUGCUGCGAGUCUCUACGGUGCACCUUCAUCAGCUGGUAAUGGUAAAUUAGAAAGAGUGGAAUCUCUCUACGGUGGUACAAAGUCUUUGUAUUGCAAAUCUCCUCCUUUGACACGCGCUAACUUAAACCGAUCACAAUCGGUUUAUAACAAAUCAACGAGUGCUGUGAAUAAAGACAGCAGUUUACCGAGACCUGGGCCUUUGGUACCGGCACAAUCUCUGUAUCCGAUGCGGUUUAAUCAGCCUACCACACAUGUAUUGAAUCAGAACGUGCAGAACCAGAUGCAACAGCGUUCCGAGAGCAUCUACGGCAUGAGAGGGGUGACUCCGGGGACAUCUACAAGAUCAGACAACUAUGCUUCUACUAGAGAAACCGAUCGGUAUGCUUCCACAACACGGCAAGUCACUGGUGGUGCUGCAACUAAUUCAGAAGAGAAUCAAAAGCAACGCAGACCAGAUUCAAUGUAUGGAUCGCAGCCUCGUAGACAAGCUACGCCUCAAUCGGAGGAGAAUUACGGAGGAUAUUCGCGCAGUCAAAAUCAGAACUCUAAUUAUCCACCACAAAUACCUAAUUACCAACAGCAGACAAAUAAAUGUAAUAGACCAUCACCGCCCUUACAGGCGAAUGGUGCUUCAUCUUCUGGGUAUCACACAAAUAUUCCCAGUCAACAUUCACCAAAAAUACAGUAUUAAUUUUUAUUAGGGCGCAUAUUGGAUUUCAAAGACUGUAAAAUACUGAAUAUUGUACAUAAUUUAUUUAGGACUAGCGAUUUGUAGAUCUGUGUAUUUAUUUCUUAAUUUUUGUUAAUUAUUCUGUUGUUGUAUACCAAAUAAAUAUAAAUGUAAGUAUCCA